AUGCCAAAUAAAGCACAAGAGGAUGCGGUAAUCAACCUGACCACAUUGCAAGAGAUCGCCAGGGAGCUGGGUUUUGAGUGGACCGUUCUGGGUGAUGAACUUGGCUUCACCAGAGCUCAGAUCAGGCAGUUCCAGUCCAAGUCCGUCGAAAAGAGCGUCCAAGCCAGAAAAAUGUUGGAAUGCUGGUACGAGUCAUCAUGGGACAAGAGUAACAAGACAAAGCUCCUGCAGGACGGUCUGGAGCGUGCCGGGAGGAGGGACCUGGCCGAGAGGCUGCGGUGCCUCCACUGGGGCCAACAGAGGCUGAGCCGCAGGGUGGAGCUCCCCUCCGCCUUCCCCUACCUCAUCACCGUCCACAAGACCAUCAACAAUAAGGAGGGGCUCCGCAGGAUCAACGAACUCAACCGGAGAUACACCUGA